GUUUAUUUAAUACAGAGAAUUGUUUUUUAAUUUCGAUAUAUGUUUGCUUUUGAUGUGAUAAUUUGUGCAUUAUUGAUUACUCAUAAAUAAUGUGAUUUUAUUAUGCACAUAAUAGCUUUUCAAAAUUCUUGACAUUAGCAUUCAUCCUAUUCAAAAUCUUAAAAGAUAAAGCACAUGCAUCCAUUAAAGUCAUCUUUGCAUUUACACAUUCACAUCAUUUAGCAUCAUAAGCAUCAUAUAUACAAAACCGUUUAACAAACAAUAAAUUUGUCAGGGUUCCUUAAAAUUGCUCGCCUACCAGGAAAAAGUCAGCCUUCUAAGCACUUCACUAGAUCAAAACUCAAGGUCUUCAUGGAGGCAUUUCAGAAACAGAUAAACGACAUCAAUGGGAAGCUAACAGGGUUUGAUGAGAAACUGACAGGUUUCGAUGAAAAAUUGGCGGUUUUUGAUGAGAUGAAAGGUCAACUCAACACAAUUUUGGGCAUAUUAUCAGGAAAAGGAAAGGGGGUUGCAACUAACGAAGAAGAAGCGAUAUUCGACGAAGAAGAUCACUAUGAACCACCUAAAGGAGAUGCCUCAGGUAGUAAAUUUAUUCUCAUACCUUCGAAGAACACAUGUGACGAAGAUGUCAUGGGACAACCAAAGCAUGACAAAUUAGAAGAGACUGAGAAGCAGGAGGAACAUGGGGUUGAUGCUAUGCUGAAAGAAAAAUUGGAACACAUGAAUGAACGAAUAAGAAGCAUAGAAGGAUUUGAAUCCUAUGAGCCUAUGGAUGCAUCGCAACUAUGUUUAGUCCCAGACGUCAUAAUUCCUCAUAAAUUUCAAAUGCCUGAAUUUGAAAGAUACAAUGGCACUACUUGCCCAAGAAGCCAUCUAGUCAUGUUUUGUAAUAAAAUGGCUAACUAUAUUCGUGAUGAAAGGUUGAUGAUACAUUGCUUCCAAAAUAGCUUGAGCAGCUCCGCGCUGAGAUGGUAUAUGCAAUUAGAGAAAACGAAAGUGAAAAGGUGGCAAGACCUAGCCGAUGCAUUCAUGAGGCAUUAUAAGCAUAACCAGGAUUUGGCACCAGAUCGGGAGGAUCUACGUAAUAUGGAAAAGAACGAGAAAGAAUCGUUCAGAGAGUAUGCUCAUAGAUGGAGGGAGAAGGCGUCAGAUGUUCAACCCCCGCUGUCAGAAAAGGAAAUGGUGUCAAUCUUCUUCGGAACAUUGAGAGUUCCGUAUUACAACAACAUGGUGGGGAUUACCACAACCAACUUUGCGGACUUGCUAGUAAUUGGAGAGCGAAUUGAAAAGGGAUUGAAGCAAGGUCGGAUGGAAAGUCCAGAAGCCUCCAAGAAACCAUACCAAACCCGAAGGGGAGAUGGGGACGUUCAUUCUGCUCAAGAGGAUUCAUCAAGAGGAAAAAGGUGGAAUCACCAACCCCAAAGCAAUCAAGCUCAUCCCUAUGUUUCAAACACUGCACUAAUUACUCAACAUCCAAGUUUUCCUACUCAACCACCAGUCCAAAAUUUGCCACCAGUAGCACCACCACCAAAUAACCAAGAGCAAAAUAAUUUUGGGAGAUACAAGAAACCCAUCCAGAUUGACCCUAUUCCAAUCACAUACACUGAACUUCUUCCCCAACUACUUGAAAGUCGUCUAGUUUCUAUUUUACCAUGUGAACCUAUGCAACCCCCAUACCCACCAUGGUACAAGUCAGAACAACAUUGUGCUUACCACUCUGGUGUCGCAGGACACUCAAUUGAAAGUUGUAGAGCGUUCAAGAUUAAGGUCCAACAAAUGGUGAAUGCAGGUUGGUUGAAAUUUGAAGGGAAGCCAGAUUGUCCAGACAUCAACAAUAACCCACUUCCAACUCAUGGAAAUUAGUGUGUUUACUACAAGGCAAAGCUCGAUGCAAGAAUGAUCCUCGCCAUAUUAAGUAAAUAAAUGUCAAGAUCAUUUGCCCUGCUAAGAUGUAUCACCUUUUCUUUCAUCGUCAUGAAUAAAAGAUUUUCACAUUU